CGUCAAAGAAUCCCAAGAUACAACUUUGGUAUACAGUGGUGAAAAAAAAGAGAAUCCAUUUAUUCAAGUUCUAGGGAUCCAGGUCAUCUUAUCGUCUGUCAAUUUGAUUCUAUUAACCUCCCAGGUCUUAGUCCAAAAUGAGCCAGGUGCUCACGACGACAGAUCUCGGGGGCGUAUUGCCCUUAAUUGCUCGAGGAAAGGUGCGAGAUUUAUACGAAGUUAAUGACAAGACACUUCUUUUCAUUGCAACAGAUCGUAUUUCUGCGUACGAUGUCAUUAUGGAAAACGGUAUUCCUUCUAAGGGUGUUCUUCUGACUCUCUGCACCAAAACAUGGUUCAAGGUUCUUACAGACGCCAUUCCCUCUCUGCGUACCCACUUCAUUACUCUCGAUCUUCCCCCUCAGAUUCCGGAGUCACUCCGGCCGACGCUGCAGAAUCGUAGUAUGCAGGUUCGCAAACUGAAGGUCUUUCCCAUCGAAGCGAUUGUCCGUGGCUACAUCACUGGAUCAGCGUGGAAAGAAUACCAGACGUCUGGAACCGUGCAUGGGAUCAAAGUCCCAGCUGGAUUGCAGGAGAGCCAGGAAUUCCCAAACGGUCCGAUCUACACUCCCAGCACGAAGGCGGAGUUGGGAGGCCACGAUGAAAACAUUCAUCCUGACCAAGCCGCUAAGAUAGUUGGAGAGCCUUACGCCUCUAAGAUCGAAUCACUUGCCCUUCAACUAUACAAAACCGCACACGCAUACGCUCUGUCUCGUGGUCUUAUCAUUGCGGACACAAAAUUUGAAUUUGGUCAUGACGAGGAAACGGACGAGGUCGUCCUGGUGGAUGAGGUUCUGACCCCCGACUCGUCGCGAUUCUGGCCUGCGAGCUCCUAUCAAGUUGGACGCGGCCAAGAUAGCUUUGAUAAGCAGUUCCUUCGCGACUGGCUAGUCAAGGAAGGGCUGAAGGGUAAGGAAGGGGUGUGUAUGCCCGAAGAGAUCGUGAAGAGGACAGAGGAAAAGUACCGGGAAGCGUGGGAGAAGAUAACUGGAGGUCAAUGAAAAACUAUUGUCAACGGGCAUUGAACAGCAAGAUUUCGUGCAACAAUGCCGUUUGAAUAUAUGCAUGAAAAUCACCAGUCUCCUAUGACAUAGUAUCCAUCAUAAGCGUGUAGGUAUACAGCUCCUUACAAGCUGCGGACUGGGCACGUGGACAUUGGUUCACGCCACUCGUUCUAAUAUGUGAGCUCUACGAGUGUUUUAAUAUGUGAGCUCUACGAGUGUUU